AUGAAGACUCUUAAGCAUGAGAACUCCAUAGAAAAUGCCUUAGUUGUUAAAACUAAAGGCUUAAGGGUUAAAGUUGAUAGCUCGAAGAAGAGUAGUAAUAAUGGUUGUAAAUCAAGUACUGCAAAACAAGGAAAGAAUCAAGACAAAUAUCCCCUUGGCACUCAUUGCAAGAAGAUCAAUCCUACUCCCAAGUACUGUUGGUACAAACCUAAUGUGAAAUGUAGAGCCUGCAGUCAACCUGGAUAUGUGGAGAAGGUAUGUAAGGCCAAGAAGCAGGAGACUAAAGGAAAGGAUGCAAUGGCAGAAGAACUUGACAAAUUAGAAGAGGUAUUAUUUAUGGGUAAAGCAGAUGAUGACAUAGCUAACAAGUAUAGUGCCAAUCUUUUCACUGAGCUUGAUGAGAGUUAUAGGGCUCGUGUAAACAUUGGAAAUGGCUUUUACAUGAAAAUACUUGGAGUAGGCAUUGUAGGAAUUAAAACUAUUGCUGGUAUAAAGUUUAUUCAUGAAGUGCAUUAUGUGCCUGAAGCAUAUCAAAAUCUACUUAGUGUAGGUCAAUUAAAUGACAAUGGUUAUGCUUUACUAUUCAAAUAUAGACAGUGCACAAUUUUUGAUCCUAUUGGUGUUGAGCUAUUAACAUUUGUUGAAUCUGUACAUGGUGGUCAUUGCAUAAAUGAUCAUCAACCACUGGUAGAGACUGAUGAUUUUGACAUUGAAGAUGAAAGUAAGGUUGUAAAAGGGACUGGUACACUAGAAGAAAUAUACAGCAGAUGUAAUCUUGCUAUUGCUGACUCUACUACUUAUUCUGAAGCUGUAGUUGAUGAGAACUGGAGCAAGGUUAUGGAUACUGAAAUCUGCAUGAUAAAGAAAGACAAUGCUUGGUUGCAUUUCUUCAUGGAACAACCAGAAGGGUAUGAAGAACCAGGGUCAGAGAACAAAGUUUGUAUGCUAAGGAAGGCACUGUAUGGUUUAAAGCAGGCACCUAGGGCUUGGUAUGACAGGGUAGAUGCUUACUUUACUGGUCAAGGCUUUUUGAAAAGUGUAAAUGAAUCUACACUGUAUGUGAAGAUGUCUGGUAACACUGCAGUAUUGAUUGUUGCGGUGUAUGUUGAUGAUUUGUUAAUUACUGGACUCACUACCGUAGAAGGUGAGUACAUUACAAUUGCAAUAGCUGUAAAUCAAUUGAGGUGGCUAAGGAAGAUACUAGCUGAUCUUGGUUUCAAACAAGAUAAUGGUACCGUGAUAUUGGUUGAUAAUAAAUUAGCUAUUGCAAUAGCCAAAAAUCCAAUACACCAUGGGCAAAUUAAGCAUGUCAAGGUGAAAUAUCAUGCACUUAGAGAGGCUGUGCAUGAAAAACUGGUUAAGCUCAAGCACUGUAAUUCAAAAGAACAAUUAGCUGACAUAUUGACGAAGGGCUUAUUCAAAGAUAGAUUCGAGACUCUCUGGUCAUGGGGGAGUGCUAAAAGAAUGACCUUCAAAUGUGGAAUCGAGUCUCAGAUGGAAGCGGGGAGCAACUGA